AAAGUGUUUUAAAUAAAAUAUUUGAUGGUAGUUGCAUCGAAUUAAGACAUGCUAAUAAAUGCCACUUUUUCAGUGUAUGAUUUCUAACGGAGUUUUCUGUCCGAGUGACACGCUAAACAGGAAGUGGCGUCAUUGAAAGUCUGGAGAGCUUGCGAUGGAUGUGUCUGGUUGGGAAGGUCUGGAAAUUUGUUUGUGUUUAGAAAUUAAUCUUUGUACAGGAAUUUUUAUAGUCCUUUCCAGCUUUCUACAAGAUAUACGAUGCCUGCUGGGCCGAUGGUAACACCUCAAGCACAGUAUCCUUUAAAUGGUGGUACAUUUGGGACCAUGUCAGUCAUUACCAGUGGAAUUCCAGCAUUUAAGUUCCAGCCACGGACCAGUACUGUUGACUGGAGGCGAUUUAAUGCUAUUGAUGUGGAUCGUGUGAUCAGAGAGCUCGAUGUAUCAAUUUUACAGGAGAACAUUUCAAAUGUUAUCUUCUGCAGUUUAGACACUGAGCGAUGUCCUUCUUGUCAUAACCCCCUUGAUCCUGUGUUUUUGAAGAUUGUGAAGUUGGCUCAGCUGACAACCGAGUACUUACUACACUGUCAGGAGUAUCUGACCACCAAUCUGCAACUGCUGGAGGAACGCCUGCAGGCUGCCUUACUGGAACAUGAGCAGACAAAGCAAGAAAUGGCUAAACAAAUGGAAGAACUCAAGUUGGUGAAGGAAGAGUGCCGGAGACGCAAGAAGAUGAUCACAACUCAGCAGCUUCUCAUUCAGGCCAGCUCUAACAACUACCAUAAGUGUCAGUUCUGCGAGAAGUCCUUCGUGAACUAUUCUUACCUUCAAGCCCACUUGGAACGAAGGCACUCAGAAUUCAGUAAUGCAGAGAGACAGAAAAAGAAGCAGGUUCAGAGGAUAGAAGAUGACAUUGAACAGUUGCAGGAGAAGCUGAGACUAACUCAAUCUCAGCUUGAAGCUGAGAGGGCAGCUGACAACCUUCGAAAAUCACAGGAAGCAGAAGAAGCUCGCCGAAAGGAAGAACAGGUAAAACUGGAGUUUGAACGUUGGAAAGAAGAAGAGCGGAAGAAGUUCUACGCUGAAAUGGAUAACCUGAGACAGAUGUUUCUGCAAGAAUUUAAAGACUUGUCCAAUCAGAACUCUUCUAUUGAGGCAAAACUUCAAGAAAUUAAGUCUACUAACCAGAUAGUGUCCAACUUAGGGACACUUCGAGAUGAUGAUGGCAGGGAAGAGAGAGAGCUGGCACAAAAGGAGCUAAGGUCAUUGAGACAAAAGCUAGAGCUCCAGAAAGAGGACUGGAAAAAGAAGCUAAAGGAACUCCACACAAAAAGCCAGUCUGAGAAAGAUGAGCUGAAGGAUGAGAUUGAGAGAAUGAGGGCGUUUUUAUCUCAGGAUCAAAAUAAAGCAGCCGAGCGUUACCAAGAACAGGUCAGCCUGUUUAAUUCAAAGCUCAAGGAGCAGAACACGCUCAUCAAGUCACAGAAAGAAAUGAUAAAGCAGCUUAAUUCAAGAAGUUUCGAAGCUCCAAAUAACUACUCACCUAGACGGAAAUCGAUUAAAUCUUUACAUACCCAUUCUCCUCCCAGGGUGACACCAGUUAAACAAGUGGCUGUGCAGAAAGUUAAAAGUGCACCCCCGGAAGAAGAAUCUGAAGAAGAGGAGGAGGUAUCAGAAGAGGAAGAAGAAAGUGAAGAUUCUGUAGAAGAUGACUCGCUGGAUAGAAAACAAAAACUAUUGGAAACGUUGAGAAAGAAUCCAAAAUUUAUCAAACAGUUUAGAACUGUUUUGGAGGAAACACUAGAGGAAAAACUAGAAAGUAUGGGACUUAAGAAGGGAGCUAAAGGAGUUCCUUCUAACACUUACAAAAGCAUGAGUUUGACACUGAAAGCUCAGAGUGAACAGAAGGCAAAGAAAUUUCAGGAGUUUAACAUUCUGAAGGAGAAGUUUUCUCGAGAAGUCACCAAGAAAGUGAAAACAAGACUUAACAGUGAAGAUCAGCAUGUACCAAGCUCUUCUGCAGUCAAAAUUAAAUCAAAGGACAUAAAUCCAGUGAAAAAGCAGGGGAGUGCACAUCUUCACCAGUCCAAGUCUGUGUCCAAGAAAUCUCGAGUAACUCAGCCAAAACCUGUUAAAGUGCAAGCUCCCAGGCCAGCUCCACGCACUAAGAUCACAAGUCCUGUCAGUACUGCACGGUCAGCAGCUGCUGCAGAAACAAGCACACCUCCCUUCACGUCUGAUGAAGAAACAGUGGGUGAUAGUGCUUAUAUCACUAGUCCGGGUGCCAAAGAACCCCAUAAAGUUCAUGUGAUACAGUCUGCUCCCAGGCAGAGCCAGCCUGCCUUAAGUGAUGAUGAUUGGUCUGAUACAGAUGUCUCAGAACAAGACAGCCCCCGUGAAAAAUUUUCAGCAAGAACGCCACGAGGAUCAGUUCUGAAUAUAGCGAAGCAUCUGGAGGCCGAGUUUAGUAAACCAGAGAAGAAGCCAUUUGGCGGAGUGAAACAAUUUCCACCACAAUCAGUCCUCCCACAGAGAAGCAGCAUUAUUGCCAAUAUGACACAGAUGGACCGUGAAGAGAGUGACCUUGAGAUUUCGUCACUAGAGGAAGUUACGCAAGAAACUGCUGUGAAAGACAUCCGACCCAAGACAACAACAAGGAAAAGCACAGACUCCUUAGCUUCCCAGAGCACUAGUGUCUGGAGUUCCAGUGGUAGUAAAGCCACAGGCUGGUAGCUGUUCUGUGAUCCAUCUCAUAUAGUCCUUGGUGCUUCAUGUUAUACUAGAGUUGGGUUCUCAGGUCUGGUACUUCUCCUCUAACCUAGCCAUCCAUUCAUUUAUCUGAAAGAAAUGUGGUGCAGCGGCUGGUCUGCCUUACAGCCCUGUAAAUUUCAACUUCCUUUAACACAAAUGAGAACUCUGCACCUGGAACCAUGGCACAGAGGGAUGGAACCUUGAUUGGUUAGGGGUGAGCUGAUGACUGGCAGGUGGCAGGGACAAAAAGAGGGAAAUAAAACAAAAAUUCUGCACUUUGGAGACCACCAUUGCCCCAUAAAGAAUAGAUUUUGUGUAGCUUUAGUUUAUAUUUUGAGCUGCAAAUUUUGAGAAUAUCCAUUUAUUUCAGGUACUUUUUCGGUGGUUUCUCAGAGCGGGGCAGUUUUUAAUUAUGGAAGGUACAUUUUUUUAAUUUUAAAGGUUAAAUGCAUUAGUGAGGGGCAAAUAUGUGACCAUUUUAAACAAUGUCAGUUACCUUUCCAAAAUUAUAACUUCUAAAUUGAAAACCCAACAAGCAUGAAUAGUAAAGGUCUGACAGUAGCCCUUAAUUUUUCAUUAUUGACGAACUCCAAAAUUUCAAGACUGUUUUUUUGUUAUUGCAAAGUCUAUAUUUUACUCUGAUUGUACUAUAUUAUAAAGUUAUCUAUAUGAUGUCCUAGGAAAUAUCAACAUCAGGGACCUUGUUGUACACCUGCAGACCUAAGUUAGACAAAUUCUAACCUAUUUUAAAAUACAUGUUUUCUGAAGUAAUGUAGCCAAGUUAAUAUGAUUAUGUGCCAUGACUAGGCAUCCCCCAUAGCAUGGUGUUGCAAAUGCAGAAUGGCCACAGAGGUUUGAAAACUGGAACUUAGGUUGAAGAUGGUCUCCUUCUAUUUAAAUAAUGUAGAUGUAAACGUUAUAAACACAAGGAUACUUUAGAUCACUUUUAAAAUGAACAAAUGGGCUGGAUAGUUUAUUUCCAGGGAACACCAUCCAUUGUUAUAUACGUUGAGUGAGGGCAAAAAAACAAAAAUGUUGUUUUGGGACUUGGAUCCCUGAGAAUAAUGGUUUCAGCAUUCUGUUUGAACUCUUCUAUUGAUGUUUUUUCAUGGAAUCAAAAAUGGUUCUGCAUCGAAAAAUGUCAUGUUUCAGGGAAGUAUCCUUAUUUUAAUGCUGUACAGACAGUCACAUUCAUUUAGGUAUAUGCUUUCUCAAUUUGCUGUUUAUAAAUAUUAUGGAGUUAUGAUGUUAGAAGCUAGAUAGUCUAAUAAUUUUGGAAUGGUAUGAUAACAUACCUGUUACCUUGAGAAAGGAAUUGCUGAAAUCUUAGAAUCAUGUCUUUGGCAUAUAGCUUGAUACCCCUUUUGUAAAAGGUCUAAAAAUGCAAGCAAACAAAAAAGAUAUGGGAAUAUGUAGAAUCAACGCAACCUGGAAAAAGAACAGGGGAAGCAAAAUAUCCUACAAUCAAACCUUCAAAAAUGGUAAACAGAUGCUUCCUACAGUAAAAUCUGCAGUCAAGUAUAAUGCAAGUAUCCUAAGAGUAAAGAUCAUAAUUAAGGUAGAGAAUUAAUGGAGGAAGUGGCAUAAUGUGAUCAAAGCUUGGUUUACUGAAUUUAAAAAUGCUGAACUUUACUCUCACGUAUUUAUAUAGUUUGUGUAUAUAUAUAUAUAUAUAUAUAUAUAUAUAUAUAUAUAUAUAUAUGG